AUGUUCAUGCUUCCGCAAGAGGGUGGUCAGACCACGACCUGUACCGUCAGUGAUGAUGUGAAGACCAAGUUCAAGGCCUUUAAGACCGGCAAGAACCAGGCCAACAAUGCCUUCAUCAUGAAGAUCAACCCGAACGCCCUUGAGGUUGUGUUGGAGCACCAUCUCGAGAACGUCUCGAUCCUUGACAUUGCCGAGGAGCUGCCCGAGUCGGCCCCUCGCUACAUCGCCUACAGCUACAAGUGGGUGCACGAUGAUGGCCGCGUGUCUUUCCCGCUGGUGUUCAUCUUCUACUGCCCCAAGGGUAUCAACACCAAGCUCAACAUCCUCUACGCCAGCACCAAGCCCGUCCUCACUGAGGCCCUCCAGGUUCAGAAGCUCUUCUCGGUCGCGACCACCGAGGAGCUCACUGAGGAGUGGCUCAAGGACAAGCUCGCCUUCUUCAAGUAA